GAUAUAUUAAGCAUCGAUUCGGCAGACAAUGAAUAUGAAAGAGAGAUUAGCCCAUUAGAAAUCUUCCUGAACGUAGAAAGAGGUCAAAGAACAGAUAAACAGACCAACAGAGUUUCAGGGAUUUAAGAUCUCUAGAAAAUCAGAAUGGGUAAUAAUCUAGGGAGAAAAGUGGAAUUCCACUCAUGUGGAUAGAUGUAGGGAUCUUCAGAGUCCAAGUGUAGAAGCUCUGGAUGGGUAUGCUGUCCUCCUUCGCCUAACACCGUUAGAUUACAACUCCUAAUCUAUACGAUUGAUGGGAUGUGCUGAGACCCCACAGCUAGAACCGUAGAUCGUAUGACCAAAGAUAAAAAAAGAUCCCAAUACAACGGUUUUCAUGCAUGACCCUUCGAUGUUCAAGCCAAGUUUGAAACCUGGAAAUCCUACAUUUAGGAUUCCGUUCUGUUCAAAGCCGAAUCCGGUUCUGCUGCCGAGGAUUCAGAAGUAAAAGUUGCUGCUACAAAACAGAAGCAUCAACCCAGAUUCUGUUUACAACCAAAUGCCCACUCCUUUCCCGCUACUCCACCACUCUGAUGAGCAGAUAAACAAGUCUCCCUCCUACCUAUAAAAGCUUAACUUACCGAGGGCUUCAAGUGUGCUUAGCCACUAUUUUCACUUCUCCAUAACAUUACACUGCUGUGCUCUCAGAAAUUAAACAAACAAUCAUGGCUUCAGCUUGCCAAUGUCGAUCUCUCUGUGUGACUUUAUUCAUCCUUAGUGUUUGGGCUCCUCAAGCGACCUCCCGCCGGCUGCAAGAGACAUCCAUCGCCAAGAAGUAUGAAGAAUGGGUGAAUAACCAUGGUCGCGUAUACAACAAUGUUGCUGAGAAGGAGAAGCGUUUCAAGAUAUUCCGGGAUAAUCUCAACUUCAUUGAAUCGUUCAACAGCAUCAGAAACCAGUCCUACAAGUUAAAUCUCAACAAAUUUGCAGACUUAACUAACGAAGAAUUCACAUCCACUAGCAAAGGGUACAAGCCAUCCUCCAAAUCAAGGCCGUUAGCUGCAAGAUCGUUCACGCAUGAAAACCUGACUGACUUGCCAUCCAGUGUGGACUGGAGAGAGAUGGGAGCAGUGACUCCUGUUAAGGACCAACAAAACUGUGGAAGUUGUUGGGCUUUCUCGGCAGUGGCAGCAGUGGAAGGGAUUACUAAGAUCAAAACAGGUAAUCUGAUCUCAUUAUCGGAGCAACAACUAGUGGACUGUGACUCUGAAUAUGAUGACUAUGAUAACCAUGGAUGCGACGGUGGUUUCAUGGAAGAUGCCUUUGAAUACAUCAUAGCGAAUGAAGGCAUCACGACUGAAGCCAACUACCCUUACUUGGGGCAUGACGAAUAUUGUGAGAUGACAAAGGAAGCAAACCAUGUAGCCAGAAUCAAUGGUUAUGGACUAGUAGAAUUCAAUGAUGAGAAUGCACUAAUGAAAGCUGUUGCCCAGCAACCAGUUUCGGCUGUCGUGGAGGCCAGUGGGAAGGCCUUCCAGUUCUACUCUAGCGGCAUCUUCACUGGGCAGUGUGGCAGUAACACAGAUCAUGCUAUUACUGUAGUUGGUUAUGGUAUAUGUAAGGAUGGGAUGAAGUAUUGGAUUGUCAAGAACUCAUGGGGCUCAGGAUGGGGAGAGGAUGGAUACAUGAGAAUGCAGCGAGAUGUGCCUUACCAAGGUGGACUUUGUGGUAUUGCCACAGAUGCCUCCUAUCCAACUGCAUAAAACAUCUAGAAAGUCAGUCAUCCUUUUUAGUUUUUUUUUUUCCUUUUUUUUUUUGGUAAGUAAACCAGCUUUGUUACUAUUAUUAGUUUUGCUACUUUGUACAGAUUUGUUAGUUAUUGGAUAAUGGAAAUGCAUGGCAGUUAAUUCUCUGGUUGAAAUUCUGCUCUAAAGAAUACUGUUUGAAGAAUGACUUUUGAGUCAAAAAUGACUUUAUUUUAGCUCCAAAGAAUCAACUCUUAGAAUAAGUUUUGAGCCCCAAAAAAGAAUUAAUUGGAGCCAUUUUUAUACAUCCAAAGCUUAAAAACGACUCUUAAAAUUACAAGAAUCAUCAGAGUUGAUCCUCUGAAAGCAUGCCAGAUGCAAUCCCUUCUUAAUAUUAGUUUUCUAGUUUUACUGUAUAAGGUGUCAUAUGUAUGUGGUGAUGAUAUAUCAACAACCCAGCAACAAAAACUCAAUGGACACAUUCCACGAUCACCUGUUGUUGAUUGUUUAUCAGCAACAGAAGCCUGUAACUUUCCACACCUGUAGACUUUCCAGCUUUCGAAGGAUGACAAGUAAUAAGCCUGAGUAUGGUUAUUUCUUAUUAGAGCUUUUAGAAAGACUGGUAGUUUCCAAUUGAUUCAGGAAUAAAGAAUAACCUGAAAAUGCUUGCCCAAAUGAAGC